AUGUUCAUCCAGGUCUCAGCCAUGUUCAUCCAGGUCUCAGCCAUGUUCAUCCAGGUCUCAGCCAUGUUCAUCCAGGUCUCAGCCACGUUGGAGGGCUUUGCCAGGAGGAAGAAGAUCUCUCUGUGGUUUGUGGGCUCUCUCCUGCUGGUGUCUACUCUCAUCCUGACCAUUGGCCUUGCUGCAACCACCAGGACAGAGAAUGUGACUGUGGGCGGCUACUACCCAGGGAUUAUUUUGGUGGCGGCCAUCGUGUUCCUCAGCUUUGGGGUGGUGGCGGCGUUCUGCUGUGCCAUAGUCGACAGCGUGUUCGCAGCGCNGCACAUUGAGCCAAGGCCUCUCAGUGCUGGAAGAUGCCAGUUUUACUCCAGUGGGGCUGGGUACUUGUAUGACGUCUAUCAGACAGAGGUCACCUGCUACUCUUUGAAUGGACGAUGCCAGUUGAAGGUGAGGAGCAACACGUGCUACUGCUGUGACCUCUACGCCUGUGGGAGCACUGAGCCCUCGCCUGCCUACUAUGAGUUUGUGGGCGUGCGUAGCUGCCAGGACGUGGUCCACCUGUACCGGCUGCUCUGGGUAUCCACAGUGCUGAANGUAUUGGGCCUGUGCCUGGGCAUUGUUACAGCUGCAGUCCUAGGGGCCUUCAAGGACAUGGUCCCUCUGUCUCAGCUGGCCUAUGGCCCGUCACCGCCACCUCAGAUUCUCUAUAACCCUGCACAGCAGAUCCUCGCCUACACUGGCCUGUGUCCUCCGUCUAUGGGUGUGCCAACCUGUUCCUCCUACCCUCUGCCACUACAGCCCUCCAGUGCCCCGCCGGCCUCGGCCUCUGCUGACCUCUCUCUGCCUGAGGACACAGAGUCUCCCUCCCAGUGCCAGCCCAGCCGUGGGUGUUCCCAUGCUCCUUCACCCUGCACACCAGCCUACUUCCUCCCAGGGGAGAAGCCUCCCCCCUACGCACCCUGACACGGAGGAGGUCGUAGACUAAAAAGUAAUGUGGUUUGGGUUUUCCCAAAAUAUAACAACAACAACAACAACAACAACAAAAUAAAGCCGCAUAUAGAAAG